AUGCAGACAGAGGCUGGGAACUUUGUGAAUGAUGAAAUGGUCAAUGGCUUGUCUCCCCAUGGAUGCCUGCAUUUUGACUCCAGAGACCCCAUAGGAAGAAUCACUGUUCUGGGUGAUGUAGAACUGGGAACACGCAGUCGCAGUCGUACUCUUCUUAUUACUUUGAUUACCCGAAGCUACUGCUUCAGAAACUGGAAUUCUGCAGACUACGAAUAUGUGGCGUGGCAGCAAAUGGUUCAGGCAGAAAGAAUUGAGCUGGCCCCAGGGUCACAACAUAAGGCUGUUUCUUCACCUUAUAUCCAAGUGAUGAGACCCACCAACAUUGGUUGUGUGCACACGAAGACUGUGAAGAAAGUGGCCAAGGUCAUCAUCGAGAAGUACUACACGUGCCUGGGCAAUGACUUCCACACCAGCAAGUGUGUGUGUGAGGAGAUCGCCAUCAUUCCCAGCAAGAAGCUCCGCAACAAGAUAGCAGGCUAUGUCACGCAUCUGAUGAAGUGGAUUCAGAGAGCUCCUGUGAGAGGAAUCUCCAUCAAGCUACAGGAAGAAAAGAGAGAGUAGAAGAGAGAUAAUCAUGUUCCUGAGGCCUCAGCCUUGGAUCAGGAGAUCAUUGAGGUGGACCCUGACACUAAGGAAAUGCUGAAGCUUUUGGGCUCUGGCAGCCUCUCUAACCUGAAGGUCACUCAGCUCACAGUGGGAAUGUAUUUCAAAACACCAUGCAGAGCUGUUUGA